UGUCUGUCUCCGAGUUUAAUCUCGACUACGACUGAAGACCUCGUUCAGAUCCGUGUUUAAUUUAAUCUCGGUUCGGAGUGGAGUGCGGAAGCCCAGCGCGCGCGCUCUCUCUCUCUCUCGCGCUCUCUCUCUCUCUCGCGCGCGCGCUCUCUCGCUUUCUCCUCCCGUGAUGGUAAAAAUGGCUCCGCGCUCGCGUGCUCUCGCCGCCGUCCUCUUCCUCUCGGCUCUUUGCUCGCCUUCGCGCGCGCUGAACGCCGACGACGACCCGUCGCAGGACGCCGAGUGCAAGACGAAAAGCGUGACGGUGUCGGCGCUGCCGUUCCUCCGCGAGAACGACCUGAGCAUCAUGCACAGCCCGUCGGCCUCCGAGCCCAAGCUGCUGUUCUCCGUGCGCAACGACUUCCCCGGAGACGUCGCCGUAGUGGACGACCUGGAAAACACCGAGCUGCCCUUCUUUGUUCUCGAGAUUUCGGGGAGCUCGGAAGACAUAGCCUUAGUGCGCUGGAGACAGCAAUGGCUGGAGAACGGGACGCUGCUUUUCCACAUCCACCAUCAGGAUGGCAAUCAGAAUGCUGCAGGUGUGGACACUACCGAAGACCCGGCUAGUGACCCUGCAGCAGAGGAGGAGCUGCGCAUUCUGCACAUCUCUGUAAUGGGUGGGAUGAUUGCUCUGCUGCUUUCCAUCUUGUGCCUGGUGCUGAUCCUGUACACACGGAAGCGCUGGUGUAAGAGGCGCCGGGUGCCACAGCCUCAGAAAAGCGCGAGCGCUGAGGCAGCUAACGAGAUUCACUACAUCCCAUCUGUGCUGCUGGGCGGGCAGGCACGUGAGAGCUUAAGGAACUCCCGGUGCCAGGGUGCCAAUGCCAGUGGCACUCUCAGUAUCCGUGAGACACCCAUCCUCGAUGGCUACGAGUACGACAUUGGUGAACUGCGCCAGCACCUGCAGCGUGAGUGCAUGAACGGUGGUGAGGACUUCGCCAGCCAGGUGACACGCACACUCGAUUCUCUUCACGGCUGUAAUGACAAGGGCAGCGUGGAUCUCACCCCUGGGAAUGACAAUACAAAACUGUCCCUGAUGAGCAAGUACAAGGAUAACAUCAUAGCCACCAGUACCGUUGACAGCAAUCACCAGCAAAACACGCUCCUCCCACACAACACCUCCACCAACCAGCGCAUGCGUCUGUCCAGCAACACGCGCGCGGGUUCAGCUUUCCUGAACCCGGAUGGGGAUUCUGGGCCUGAGACAGAUGGCGAGCCGCAGCUCACCUUCUACACUGACCCCAACCGCAGCCGUCGUCGCAGCCGAGGUAUGCGAAACGGUAACGCCAACCCAGCGUGGGGCUCCGGGGGCUCCCCACGCAGUCCCAUCAAUAAGACCACCCUAACUUUGAUCAGCGUGACGAGUUGUGUGAUCGGCCUGGUGUACUCCUCUCACCUGUCGUGCGGCCUGAAUGUGCGUGUGGUCCUCCAUGUACCUGAGCACCUGAUCGCUGAUGGUUCCAGGUUUGUCCUGUUACAGGGUAGUCAGCUGGAUGCCUCCGACUGGCUGAACCCUGCUCAGGUGCUACUCUACUAUCAGCAGAAUGCCAGUGGGCCAUGGCUUAGUGAGCUAUGUGGUCGUCGUCUUGUCGACCCCUGCGAACACCAGUGUGAUCCUGAUUCAGGUGAAUGCCAGUGUUUUGACGGGUAUAUGAAAGACCCUGUUCACAAGCAUCUCUGCAUUCGCAAUGAAUGGGGACCGAAUCAAGGUCCGUGGCCUUACACCAUUUUCCAGCGCGGUUUUGACUUGGUAAUGGGGGAGCAGCCAUCUGAUCGCAUCUUCAGGUUCACAUACACACUGGGAGAAGGAAUGUGGCUGCCUCUAAGCAAAAGCUUUGUCAUUCCACCAGCUGAGCUGGCCAUCAACCCCUCUGCCAAGUGUAAGACCGAUAUGACUGUCAUGGAGGACGCUGUAGAUGUAAGGGAGGAGUUGAUGAUCUCCUCAUCCUUCGACAGUCUGGAAGUGCUUCUGGACUCUUUUGGCCCAGUGCGAGAUUGCUCAAAGGACAACGGCGGCUGCAGUCGCAACUUCCGCUGCAUAUCCGACAGAAAGUUGGACUCCAGCGGUUGUGUGUGCCCACCUGGUCUGAGCCCAAUGAAGGAUGGCACCGGUUGCUAUGACCACCACAUUGGCAUCGACUGCUCUGAUGGAUUUAAUGGUGGCUGUGAGCAGUUAUGUCUUCAGCAGUUAGCACCCCUAGAGGAAGACCCCACGCUCUACAACAUCCAGAUGUUCUGCGGCUGCAUUGAGGAUUAUAAGCGCGGGGCGGAUGGCCGCACAUGUCUGCCUCUGUCUGAAUCCUGCACUGAGGGAGUAAACUGUGGCGAGACAGCCGGCAUCCCAGCCAAUCAAACCACCUUUGGAGACGUCUUCUACGGCUAUGACAACCGCACCAAGGAGAUCACUACAGGCCAGAUCCUUAAGGCUACCUUCAGACAGAAGAACUUUGCCCGUGGCAUUGAACAGCAGCUUCCGGAUGGCAUGGUGGUGGCAUCGGUUCCAAAUGAGGCACAGUGCCGUGAGGAGCUCUCUGAUCCAGUUCCUGAUCCUGAGUAUCUCACUGGCAUGGUGAACUACAGCGAAGUUAGUGGAUAUCCUCUACUGCAGCACUGGAAGCUUCGUUCCAUUUUGUAUCAUGUCAGGCUUAACCAGUGGACCCUCUCUCAAGCUUUCAGUUCCGCCAUCCAUUCUUUGGACGGUGCCACGCUACGCAGUGAUUUUGUGUCCAUUCUGAAGGAGUUUGGGAAUCAUUUUGUCCAGGAGGCGGUGUACGGCUUCGAGGAGUCCUGCACCAUCUGGUACCCCAAUAAGCAGGUGCAGCGCCAGCUGUGGCUCGAGUAUCAGGAUAUCAGCAAAGGUAACUCUCCAUCUGAUGAAUCAGAAGAGCGGGAUAAAGAGACACGAGUUAUCACUUAUCCAGCCUAUAUAGCCAGCCUACUGGACUUGGGGGCCAAGCGUCUGACAGCAGGUGUGCGUAUGGACUGCAGCAGCCAGGGCCAGUGCCCACCCUCCUGCCACCUGUGCCACAUGAGUCCUGGGACCCAGAGGCCUUCAGAGCCUGUGCUACUCCAAGUCACAAAGGCAGCACCAAUCUAUGAGCUUGUUAACAACAACGAAACCUACCAGGCACUGCAGGAAGCUAUGAUGAGCAUGUUGUGGUGCUCAGGGAAAGGCGACGUCAUCGAUGACUGGUGUCGUUGUGAUUCCAGUGCUUUUGGUGCUGAUGGACUACCAACGUGUGCCCCACUUUCUCAGCCCAUGCUCAAGCUGUCCCGCUUAUAUGAGCCCAGCAGCUCCUUGGUUAUUUUGGAAUGGAAUCAUGCUGAACCACCAAUUGGUGUGCGCAUUGUAGACUAUCUCAUCAGCCAGGAGAAAAUCACUGAGAGGACCGACCACACAAAAGUCGAAACAGAGACUAUGCUGAGCUUUGUGGAUGACAUUCUGUCUGGGGCCAAAUCUCCGUGCGUGAUGCUGGGUGAAAUCCCAGAUCCACUCACUUCCAUCUCUAUGAUCAUACGCUGCCUGGAGCCUGACACCACCUACAUGUUCAGACUUUGGGCCGUGGACAACACAGGCAGGCGCUCCAGCCCCAGUGAGGUCACCAUCAAAACUCCCUGCCCCGCAGUGGACGAUGUGAAAGCACAAGAAAUAGCAGACAAAAUUUACAACCUGUUCAAUGGCUACACAAGUGGGAAGGAGCAGCAGACAGCCUACAACAUGUUGAUGGAUUUGGGCUCACCCACGCUGCACCGUGUCCUCUAUCACUACAACCAGCGCUAUGAAAGCUUUGGGGAGUUCACCUGGCGCUGUGAGGAUGAGCUCGGGCCCAGGAAAGCAGGCCUGAUUCUGUCGCAGCUCGAUGACCUCAGCGGCUGGUGUCGAGGGCUUCUUCAAGAGCCCAAGAUUGGCCUACGCCGAGCAUCCCUCAAAUUCCUGGCUUGCCGUUACACAGACACCAAGGCCUUCAGCCUCAGCUGGAUGGAGCUUGGCCAGGCGCUGCACAAAUCCUGUGAUGAACAAACGCUGCCUGUGAUGUACAAUGACUAUGGAGAACCUAAAGAAAUCUGAACGCCAUCCAGGAUAAUGAAGUGAAUGCCCAUGUAGCCCACAGCAGGAACAACCACAGUCUGCUUCAUUAAGGCUCCCCAUAAGGACACGGCUUUCUAAACCUGUUCAGCAAAUAUUCCAGUUACAUUUACCAGUUUGUUAGUCACUGCUUGAGCAAAUCCUCAGAAAUUAAGUUCAAACCAGUGUCAUGACUAAUUUCAUUCCUUAUUCAUAAAAAAAAAAAAGAAUCCACAGUUUGGUGGUACUCAGCCAUUUUGUAGUUGUUACCCAAAUUCUUAGUUGCAUUCCUUGGAUAGGGACUUGUAGUGCAGUAUUACCCUGAGUCUACCGUAAACUAUACUGCUAUACCACUAUACAAUCAAUACACCCAAGGUACCACAAGUUUCUUUUUAUUUUGUAUAUUAAUCUGGGUUAUAUACAAACACUAAAGCCAGCUGGUUCUUUCUGAUGUUUUUGUGAUUUUAGGAUGCUAAGUAAUUUGUAACAUUUAAAUUGUUUCUUUAAUUUGCUGGCUAAAUUGAGUUCGCUGUCUUUUUUUAGUUGUGUACAGUACAGUGCUCGCUAUACGGCUGUCUACAUAGUGAACCCUGACUGAGUGAAGGACGUAGAUUUCAGAUGUAGUGCUCAAAACGUCUUUUGUGGUGUUGUACUGGACCUACAAGGCAAAUGUAUUCAACUGGAAGUAAAUGAAAUUAAAUAACAGCGAAUGAACUCAAUGUCUGAGCCCAUAAAAAAUCAAAUGUAGAGUAUAUACAGUACACACAAACACACACACACACGGUGUAUAACUAAAGUACUUCAAAUAUCAUUAAAGAAUUUUUUAAAGAAUUAUUACAGUACAUGU